AUGCAGCGGCACCCGAUGCAGUUGGACGACUGGGCGGCGGCGCCCUGCGCGGCCGACCCCGCCGGCGCGCCCGCGGCGCAGCCCCAUCGAGGUAACAAUCGGCGCAGCGCGGCGGCGAGGCGCCCGGAGCAAGAGGACGCUGCCCCCAUGCAGGGGCCAGCUCUGGCUCAGAUGCAGUGGCCGCCAGCGCAGCAGCAGUGGCUGCCGACGGAGGAUUACCGGCAGAGAUCCUCUCAGCAGGCCCAGAAGCCGCAGCCGCAGCAGAAGAGGCAGAGUUAUACCCGAGAGCGUGCUGGCAGAGGAGGGCCGUCCGGCGGCUGGCAGCCGCAGGCGCAGCAGCAGCAGCAGCGGCAGCAGCAGCAGCAGCAGCAGCAGCAACAGACUUGGCACCAAGCGCCGACGCAUCAGCAGCGACAGCAGCAGCACCAGCAGCGACCUAAGCAGCAGCCGCGGCAGUCGCCAGCUGCUGGGCUGCCGGUGCCCCCGCAGCAGCAACACCAGCAGAGGUUGAUUGAAGGCCCCCCCCGGUACGAGCCGCUGCAGCUCCACCAUCAGCUGCAGCUGCACGACCAGGCCGCCUGCGCGGGGAGGCCGCACGUCGGCGCGGAGGCGGAGCACGCCCAGCAGCAGCAGCAGCAGCAGAAGGAGCAGCGCCCCCGCAGCGGCGCCUGGCGCGCACAGCAGCAGGAGCGGCCCCAGGCCCAGGACGACGGCCAGCAGCUCCCGAAGGCUCGGCGGGCGGCGCCGUCCCAGCCGGGGCAGGGCGCGGGCGCAGGACCGCCGUACGCGCCCGCGGCCACGAUGCAGUGGCCGAAGCUAGGGGGGAAGAGUGAAUUGGUGGCGAAGCAGGUUUUCUUCGACGCCACGGAGCAGGUUUCCGAAGAGAUGGAGAAGGAGGUCAAGAGCAUACAGCCAAGGCGGGACUUCCUCCACCAGCGCGUGGAGGCAGCCCUCAGCGCCGCCCCGGAGGACUCGCCCCUCCGCGGCUGCGAGCUGCAGGUCGUCGGGAGCGCGUCGUGGGGCGGGGAGGUGCCGCAGUCGGACCUGGACCUGGCGCUCCUGACGCCCGGCGGGAGUGCCUCGCGCUGCGAGUCCAUCCAGCUCCUGCGGGAGCUCAUGGGCCUGCUGGAGGAGACCGACGCGGAGCUGCUCGAGGCCCCCCGCGUGUCCAUCCUCCGCAUCCGGCACGCCGGCGGCGAGAAGGCUGGCGCCUCGCCGCUGGUGUCCGACUCCGCGAAGCAGGGCCUGUCGUGUGACAUCUGCGUCGACCAGCUGCACACCCUCAGGCACCGAACCAUGCUGAACAACACGCUGCAGGGCAGACCAGAGGUCCUCCGCUUCGUCCGCCUGGUCAAGCUGUGGCUGCGGCGGCGGGGGCUGCCCAUGGCCGGCGAGGGAGGGGCGGAACGCGUGGCACCCCAGGGGCCGGCUGGCUUCGCGGCAAGGCCGUCGCCCUCGCUCUGCCUCGUGGCGCUGCGCGCCACGAGGCCCUCUGCCUCGCCCCCCGGGGCCUGCGCCGCGAUGGCCGCGCCGGUGGAGGGCGCCCCCCCCGCCGCCGCGGCGGCGCCGGGAGAGGCGACCGCCGCAGCGGAGGCCUGCGGGCGCCUGCUGCAGCGGGGCAGCACGACCGCCGCGGAGCUGAUGCCGCUCCUGCGCCCGCUCGAGGCCCUGGGGUCCUCGGGCGGCCUUUGCGAGGUCGAGGAGCCCGCGGCGGCGGCCCUGGUCUCCGGCCUCUGCUCCUGGCUGCGGGCGCGCGCAGAGCCGCCAGAGGAGGGCUGCCUCGGCUCGGCGCUCCGCGUCCUGGCCGCGCUGCUGGGCGCAGAGGGGCAGGGCUCCGCCGAGGCGGUUGCGCUGCAGAAGGGCCUCCUGACCAUCGUCAGGGACGUCCUCGGAGGGCCGGCUCGGGGCAGCGCCAGCAUCGUGGAGUGCUGCAUGGAGCUCGCGGCGGCGCUCGGCGUGGCGGACGGCUCGGACCAGGUCAUCGGCCGGCUGGGCCUGGUGCCGCUGAUCGUGGACCAGCUGCAGGAGUUCGGGGGCGACCACGUGGUCUUGGAGGCGGCCGCCACCGCCCUCGCGCUGCUCGCCCGGCGAACGCGCCACCGGCACGCCGCGCUGCGGUGCGGCGCCAUCGGCGUCCUGGUGGACGUGCUGAGGAGGUGUUCCGACAGGCAGUCGCUGGUCGUCGCGGUCUGCCGCUUCGUCGCCAACUUCGCCGUGAAGGAGGACUGCCGCCUGGCGGUGCUCCGCGGCGGAGGCGUCGACGCGCUGGCGGCGUUGGUGUCCACGGGGGCGGGGGACGCAGGGGCGGCGACAGCAUCGGCCCUGCUGGCCUGCGCCACCGACUGCGAGGAGGUGCAGCAGCGGCUGUGCAGCCUGCAGGUGGCCACAGAUGUGCUGCGGCAGAUGCAGGCCAGCCCCCUGGACGUCGCCCUGCACGAGGCCGGCAUCGGCAUCUUCCGCUGCCUGUCGAGGGCCUCGGGCUCCGGCCGCCGGCGCGGUGAGGCUCUCGCGGAGGGCGCCGUGCCCUUGACGCUCGAGGCCAUGCGAAGGUUCGGCGACAGCUCUGCGCUGCUGAAGGAGGCGUGCGGCCUGCUCGGGAACCUGGCCGCGGACCCGGAGGCACGCGAGCAGCUCGGAAGGGCUGGUGCGGUGGAGGUCGUGGUGGCUACGCUGUCGCGUUGCGAUGGCGAGGGCGACCGCAAGGUAGCCAAGCUCGCGCUCGGCGCACUUUCCAACCUCGCCAAUGACUCGGAGGCCAACCGGGAGCUGAUGGCCGCCCACGCGGCCGCUCCUGCGCUGCUCCGCGCCGCGCAGGUCUUCGCGCACAACGAGUCCAUCCUCGAGAGCGCCAUCGCCGCGGUCGCUCACAUGGCCUCCAACGCGCUCUGCCGGCAGCAUCUGCUCGAGGCCGGGGCCGUGGAGGCGCUGCUGCUGUUCCUGUCGGAGGGCGCAGACGACUUCCAGGUCGUCGCCAGGUCCCUGGCGGCCCUCAGGCGCCUCCUGCGACGCCCCGGCGGUGGCAGGGGCGGCGCGGACGCUGCGGUCGCAAGGAAGCAUCGCCUCGGCGGGCUGCCCCGGCGCCUCAAAGGGUGUUGGGCUGCUGGUGGACGCGCUGCAGGCCCACCCCUACGACGGGGCCCUCGUGCGCGACGCGGCCCUCCUGCUGCAGGCCGUGGUCGAGGCGCCCGGGGCCGCGCCCCUGCUGCUGGAGGCCGCCCUGAAGCCGUGCCUGAGGGCGCUCGAGCUUCACCGGAACGACAAGGAGACGUCGCCGAGGCCGUGACGGCUCUCCUCGCGCAGCUGCCCAUCGAGGAGGACCAGCGGUUCCUCGCCGAGGCGCUCGGGGAGCCGGGCGGCUGCGCGGUGUGCCUCGGCGGCGCCUGA